CCCCCCUCCCUGUCUGCCAAUGAAGCCCCAGGUUUGCGUGUUGUUUCCUGGUCUUUUGUUGCUGCUCUUGGCCGCCGGAUCGAAAGCCACAAUACAAGGCGGCCCGGGUGAGAGAACAAAAGCUCCUUUUAGCGGUGUUGAUUACCUUGUCCGUUCACACACACUGCAUUGCAGGUGCCUGCCGUUGCUCGACCUGCAAGAGCAAGUAUGGCGAUCACGACAACACCAAGCUGGACAAGAGCCUCACCGACGAGCAGAGACGCGCCAAGUGUGCUGAGCUCUGUGCAAAGGCCUCAGGGUGCACGGGCUACGAACUGUCGCUCGUAGCCAGCAAAAAUGCCAACUGCGAGGUCCACACGUCGCCCAUUUCCCACGCAGUUACAUCAAAAGAACACAUUGAGUGCUGGCCAGGUAGGCAUGACCAGGGAAGAGGGAAAGUGCAGGCAAAAGAGGCUUCAUUGCAGCUGCGUAUCUGUGUUCUCUUGCACAGCUUCUGGCAACAAUGUUCCUCUGGGUGGUCCCUCCAGUUUUGUUCCCUCCAGUAGUGCGGGGUCGUACGUGACAUACCAGGUGUCGACGCCAUAUCUGGACUGGCAGAAGCCCUUCGAGUCCAACUGCUUCGACAAUGUGGUCUUCGACGACAUCGACCACUGGGAUUUCGUUUUGUUCGCAAGGACGGCCAGCGGCUGCCCCAUCACCCAGGCGCCACUGGCCGAGAGGACCUGCUGGGACGCCGCAAACACGUACCUGCCCAUCACUGUCGACGUCAAGGCCGUCAUGGUGGCGAAGAGUGAGCCUUUCUCUGGCUGGAAUGCAUGGGAGCAGAACGGCUGGGCGAACCCCAGCCAUGGGGGCGAGACGAUGGUGAUCGAUGUGGCGGACAAACUGUACAAGGAGGGGAAGGGCUUCAUUGCCAUCGACCCGAAGAACGUGCCAGCCGAUGAGCCGGGCGUGUCUUACCAUGACGGCAAGAUGUAUGUCCGGUACCAGCUGAAGAAGCAGGCGGCCCAGCUGGAUCAGCUGACGCAGCUGCAGAUUUGUGUGCGUCAGUGGGUGGGUCUGACGCCGCACAUGUCGUGCUUGGGGCCCGUCACUUUGCACUCGGACACCGUCAGCACAGGUGCAGCUGAGACGGGAAUGGGACGGCCGUUGCUGUAUGUUGUCGAUCUGCUUUGCAGGUUGUGAGGUGCCAAUGUCUUGCCCGACCACCCUGGUGACCACAACGAUGUCUUUUGAGAAGCCGACCAUCAGUGUGGAGACAUGCGCACACACGCAUUUGGAGACACGCGUGCACAAUCGCUUCCUGUCCCUGUUACUGUUACUGUCUCGUUCUGAAUGCAGCCUUGCCGAUGGAGGUGGGCAAGGUGACGAUGCACACGCGGAAGUUCACAACCAUUGAAACCAAGAAGACCUUCACAAGCCCCGUGAGCGACACACAAAGCCAGCACGACCGCAUCUGUCUAUCUAUCGGGUGGUUCGGGUGUGGUGCCUCCUUGUGCCGCAAUGCAUGCAGGUGGUUUUCAUGGGCAUUCCCCCCAUGAUGAAUGGCAGAGGCCACCACGAGGUCGUUGUCCGCAUCAAGGACGUCACACCCAGUACGCAAGCGAGGCACAGACAUGCAUUCCCUCCGCCCCUUCCUCCCUCCCUCCUGCCUACUCUUGUGCAGACUCCUUCCAGGCUGACUUCGACGAGCCCGUGCCGUGCAGAGAUCAGUGGCACCGAGCCACACCCAUGCCAUGGAUGGUGCGCACCGCACAGACCAAAGAAAAUAAUGCACACACGCGCGUUCCGUCCAUGAGUGCAGGUGAUUGAGGCCGGUGUACACACCGUGGCCACAGACAGGGGCAGCAUCACUGUCGCCGGUCGGUGAGACAUUGAGACAGACAGCGCAUAGAACGUCCAUGUGGUGUCUCGUUCAGCCGGCACUGCGGUGGUGACGGACAACAAGCAGUGGUUUGACAUCACCUUCCCGCCCGAGGCAGCCUUCGUCGAGAGGCCCAUCAUCCUCCUGCAGGUAAGGACUCACAUUUAGGGUGUUCGAGCGAGACACGCUCAACUCAUCUCGUGUGUGGGUCCUGUGUCCAGGUGCAGACGAAGGACACCAACCGUAUGUUCGUCAAGCAGCGCGUCCAGAACCUGACAAACACAGGAUUCCAGGCAAGCCGGCCAGAGAGAGAGAGAGAGACAUCCAGAGAGAGAGAGAGAGAGGCGCUGCACGCCGUGUGUGCGUGUGUGCGUGUGCGUGUGUAUGUUGUGUGCUGCAGGUGGCUCUUGAGACUCAGGGUAAGAAGCUUACAGACCCGCAUAAUCCAGACGACUUUGACAAUGAGGGUAAUAAGCGGCCUGACAAAACCACGCGUUCCCUCACUGACGCAUGUGAUAGUCUCUCUCUCUCUCUCUCUGUGUGUGUGUGUGUGUGUGUCAGUGUUGGGCUGGGUGGCCUUCUCUGGUGCUGUCAACAGCGUCCUCUACGCGCCAUUCGGACAAGCAAUCCUCAGGGGCGGAAUCACGGUCGGUCGGUCAGCAAUGUCUGCCUGCCCGAAACACACAGCACAGCACAGCACACGGACAUGUCUCUCCAUUAUGGUAUGCAGCCAAAAGCGGUCACUGAGCAGCAUUACAGGAUCGAUUUCGGCACCACCAUCAAGGACGGAUACGUGUUCGGAAACAUCGCCAGCUACUGGGGCGACAACGCAUCACGUACACACACAGACACAUACACAGAAAUACACACAGACAUACGCACACACGGCGGUCCUCUCUCUCCUCUCCCUCUCUCUCUUCUUCUCUCUCUGUGUGUGUGUGUGGGGGGGUUGGCGGUUAGAGCUGCGCCUCCACGAGCAGACGGAUGACUACGCCAAGGUCAUCAUCCAGGAAGAGACAUGCACGCCGCUGUAAGCACACCAGGCCUGUAGAACCAGCCAUACACACAGUGAUUCAUGUGUGUGUGUAUCGCGUGUGCCAGUGACAUGAUCCACCUUUACCCGGAGGAAGUCUCCUGGCUGGUCAGACAGCCAAUGAACUAAAAGAGCCAAGAUGAGCAUCCAUUCCCUCUCGCUGUCUGUGCCUGGCCUUCCCCCCUACCGAAUGAAUGAGUGCAGGUGAUUCAGCCGUUCGACGCAGAAGGCCAGCCUUGGUGGCAGACACCCACCGAUCAGUACGCACACGGCAUCCCGCCAGCCACCACUGCCGGCCAGGAACACGUGUGAGUGCAUAUGUCUCUGCCUCUCUAUGCGUUGUCAGGUCUCUUCUAUGCCACCCUGUGCCGUCGGGGGGCACCUCGCCGCCCUACCAGUUCAAGUGCUGCAGCCUCACAGACCCCAACGCGUGCACUAUCGCCACCAACUAACAAGGCGGGCGGCCCAAGUGGCCAAGUGGCCAAGCUAGUAGGGAUUGAUAAGGGUGCCUGCCUGCCUGCCUG